UCCGCUGCGUUUUUCGACACGAUCCCAACACUCUCUCACAACAAGCUGUCGGGCCCGCUUCCGUCUUCCUUGUCCAACGUAAACUUCUCGUCCGUGGAUGUUUCUAGAAACAAUCUGUCGGGGGAUGCAUCGGUGUUCUUCGGUGAAGGGAAGAUCACGAGCAGCAUCGACAUCUCGAGGAACGGGUUCGAGUUUGAUCUGUCGAAGGUGAGGUUCAUGGAGGCGUUGGACGUGCUGGAUAUAUCGCAUAACAGGAUCUAUGGGGAGAUUCCGCAGCAGAUCACGGAUGCUGUGUUCUUGCAGUUUCUGAAUGUUAGUUAUAACAGAUUGUGUGGGAAGAUUCCGACGGGGUGGAAGUUGAGGUAUAGGUCUGAGCCUUGGGAUAAUUCAUCGUUUUUGCAUAAUCGAUGCCUUUGUGGGAUUCCAUUGGAUCCAUGCAAGUAAAUGUCAAAAUGCAAUCUCAUGUUUGUUUCUGAACAAGUUGUUGGUAAUAAUUUAUGAAGAUCAAAUUUGAUUUCCUUCAUCUAUUUCAUCACCAAA